GCGAGUGCGGUUUUUUGUUGGGUGUAAAAUUAAGCGUGUGAAGCCAGAGUUUUGGGUGAUUUUUUGUUCUUAUCGGCGUACAACGCUUCUCUGGACCUCCUAAAUCUCCUCAGUUGCUGAGCGUGAGCAGUUGUGUACGUGUCGUCGCGAUGGCAAGUGUGUUUGAUGUUGUGGAACAGGGGCCCCCAAUUGAGGUGUUUGCUCUGACGAAGGCGUUCAACGAGGAUUCCUACGGGAAGAAGGUCAAUCUCGGGGUCGGAGCUUAUCGCACGGACGAGGGAAAGCCAUGGGUGUUGCCGGUGGUGCGGCGGACGGAGUCACAGAUCGCAUGCAACGAGGCACUGAAUCAUGAAUACAUCACUGUGACGGGAAAUGAGGUGUUCACAAAGGCCGCCGUGGAGCUGCUGCUCGGCGAGGAUUCGCCGGCAAUCAAGGAGAAGCGCGCCUUCGGCUGUCAAACUCUCUCCGGCACUGGAGCUCUUCGUCUCGGCGCGGAAUUCCUGGCUCGCAUCCUGCACCGGACGACAUUCUAUGUCUCUACUCCGACGUGGGAGAAUCACAACAAAGUUUUCACGUAUGCCGGCUUCACGCACGCCAAGACGUACAGAUAUUGGGACCCGAACAUCCGAGGGAUCAACUUCGAGGGCAUGAUCGCCGAUCUUGAGGCUGCGCCGGAAGGAUCGGUGAUUAUCUUGCACGCUUGCGCGCACAAUCCGACGGGAUGCGAUCCGACGCAGGAACAGUGGAAGAAAAUUGCCGAUGUUUGCGAGGCGAAGAAGCUCUUCCCGUUCUUCGACUCGGCGUAUCAGGGAUUCGCCAGCGGAGAUCCGAUCAAGGACGCUUUCGCCGUGCGCUACUUCGUGUCGCGUGGCUUCGAGAUGCUGUGCUCGCAGAGUUUCGCCAAGAACUUCGGGCUCUACUCUGAGCGCAUCGGAAACCUGACGAUAGUCCUCAACGGGACUGCCAAGCUGCCGGCAGUUGUGUCUCAAGUGUCACUCCUGAUUCGCGGCAUGUACUCGAACCCGCCGGCGUAUGGCAGCCGCAUUGUCGGCACGAUUCUCAGCGAUCCGGCGCUGCGAGCGGAGUGGAUGACGUGCAUCAAGGCGAUGUCAUCGCGAAUCAUUCAGAUGCGCAAAAUGCUGUAUGAUCACUUGGUCGCGCUGAAGACGCCGGGCACGUGGAAGCACAUCAUCGAGCAGAUCGGCAUGUUCUCCUACACGGGACUGAAUGAGGAGCAGUCGAAGAGGCUCGUGGAGGAGUUUCACAUUUACCUGCUCAAGUCUGGGCGCAUCUCGAUGUGCGGACUGAAUGAGAAGAAUGUGGAAUAUGUGGCCAAGGCGAUCAACACCGUUCUGACGGCACCGAAAUAAGCAAUUGAUUGUUUGCUGAGUUGCCUUUGGGUGGGCUUUUCAUCCUUGUUUGCUCCUUUUUUUCACUCGCGCACACACACAUUCUCUUAUCCUUUAUUUCUUCAGAAAACACCGCAACACAGCACUUGAAUCGAUCCAAAGUGAAAUUAGCAAGAGGCUCUCGAGAGAACUCAGCUUCGGAGGAAUUUUUUGAUAUGAAAUAUCCAAUGAAUUUAACACAUGUGGCAAAUAUUGUAUAAAUGCUCAAAGCAUUAUUAUAAUGGUAUUCUUGAGUGUGUCAAAAUUAGGGCUCAGUGAAAUUUCUUUAACAGAUUCACAGGAAAAAGAAAACUGAAACAGAGUUGAGAAUCUUUGUAUACUUUUCAUAAGAGGAAAAUUCCAAUAAAAAGGCAUUUAUUGUUA